AUGAACGAUAUAUACAUAAUCAAACCUUUAUCACUUCCACAGAGGUUUCUUAAUUGUGUUUUCCAUCCCCUAUUGCUUAUAUUCUUCACUUCUGUUAUUUUAACUAUUUGGGGCACCUUUUCAGUAAUUGACGGUACAAUGGCAAAGACAUUUCACACACAGAUCAAACAAAAUGAUACCGUCUCAGCUCUCGUAUCUAUUUCUACAGCCAUGAUAACAGCCACCACGACUGCCACGACGACUGCGGUCACAACACAACAAGCCACAUAUUCUGCAAGUGCUUACUCUUUAAAUAACACAUUCAUCGAUAGCACAAUUGAUCAGUAUUUUGAAAGCAAACUACAAAGUAUUGCAUCUACAGUAGGUACGGAUAUGCAGGAAAAGUUCAAGUCAUACACAGAUAAUGUAUUGGAUAACAAACAAAAACUUAUCACCGAUCAAAUAAGUUUGGAAACUAAAUCCACAAAAGAUGUUCUUGAAGUAAAUAACACAAUCUUCAACGAACUAUUCACAAAAUCCCAACUGAUAAAUGAUACAUGGAAUGAAAUAUCAGAAGACGCAAUGACUAUCGAUAAGGAUUCUGUUUCGCAAAUGGCGUCAAAUCUAUUGCUAAAUUAUUCCAUGUUUGACAGUAUUUUCGAGAACUACUCCAAGAAAUUGAAAUUAUUGCAGGAAUUCAAUGGCACUAUCACUGAUUUCUCUACUCAGUUGAAUACUUCUAGUACCUUAAACUUGGGUUUCCUGCAAAAUUCCACCGAAUGGCUUCAAUUAAAAAGGAAUUUUACAACAAACUUACAGAAUGAAAUUUCCACUUUUUCUGGGAAGAGUACCAAGGCUAUAUCAUCUACCUCAAUUAUUAAACGGUCUCUGAAAACAAAUAAAGACGAGAACAGUUCAUUGAGUGUAGUGAAAAAUCACGUUUUCCGUAGAUGUCAGAAAAUGACAGUGAUUUUCACAGUCAUGUACUUUGCAUUUGUAGUUUCAUUAAUGAUAAUCGAAAGGAUUCUGUUUCAGCUGGAAAACCAGCAGGUAAACCUCGCUAUGUCUCAGAUUAAUGAUUUGACAGGACAAACCAAUUUCACCCAAUACAAUAAAACUGUGAAAAGCUUAAUGACCACUUUGAACCUCAGUGUACUUUAUCCAAUUCCUUACCAAUUAACAAAACUUAUAAAUCAAAAAAUGUUGAAAAGAGAACCCGAAAAAUUUGAUGACAAAAAAGCCAAACAAUCCAAACUCUUUUACUGUAACUGGUGGAUAAUUUCAAAUGGGGUUCACCUGUGGCUAUUUGGUUUGUUGAUGUUAUUAGUUCAUUGGCAAAUUGUGACACGACUAACAAAUUUUGAAGUACCCAAUUUGCCUACAUUCGACAAAAGAGCGGGACCCCCACUCUACAAGAGGGAAGCUUGGACAGACGCAAAUAUAACAACUGUGAUAGAAGGCCUUAUCGAUGAUAACAUAUCAUUAUUGUGCGAAAAUUUCCAAAUAGAAGUAAAUGAAAGGUUGAUUCCGGCAAAUUCAACUCUUCAGACUAAUUCCAAUCUGAAAGUUCAGUCAGCGGACAUCCUAAGUCUUUGGGUAAACGACACAAACACUCAAUUUGAGAAAUAUCUUAAUAGAAAUUCUCGAAAUUGGCAGGAAAUAGACCCGCAGAUUGUCCCUCUUUUGGGCGCCGAUUCGGUUAAUGAGUUCCUGAAUCAGUAUUCACUACCGAUACAUGAAGCUACCAAUACGAACGCUUCAUUUGCACUGGAUAUUAAAAAAAAUGGAAUAAUCAAUCAAAGAUUUAAUAUAAUCAACGCACCGGUGGCAACAUUGUCUUCGUUGGCAAAACGACAAGUAAAGAACCAAAAGCAAAAAAAGGUAAACCCGCUAAACUCUGUUUACAAGUGGGGGCUUUUAGUAACUUGUCUGACUAUAUUGUUCCACCACAUGCUUAUAUUUAUAAUACUAAAGUUGUAA